AUGGUGUACUACAGCUACAAUCCUAACUACCAUACUGACUUGCAAGCUGAGGACCUGUUGAGUAACUUUCUGAACUCUCUUCCUUUGCAGGUUAUAUUCAAAGUCAAAUGUGCAGCAGAAUUCAAUAAGUACAAGGUUCUGUUGUAUCUGGGCUCCAUAUUUACCAGCCUCCUCUUUCUCGUGGUGAAUUUAACUUGUGCAAUGCUCAUUCAUGGAGAUGUCCCGGAGAGCCGGCUGAGAUGGACUGUGUUUGUCCGGGCGCUAGUCAACGAGAGUCUCUUCAUCCUUUGUGCCAUUUCAUUAGCUUGCUGUAUGUGCAAACUUGCAAAGAUGUCAACGGCAAAUGUCUACCUCGAGUCCAAGGGCACAUCAGUCUGCCAGGCUAUCCUCGUUGGGUCUGUGGUGGUUCUUCUGUACUCUUCAAGGGCUUGCUAUAAUCUGGUGGCAGUGGCCAUAUCGCCAGAGAAUGUUCCUAGCCCGUUUAAUUACGGGUGGGACAACUUUUCAGAUAAGGUGCGUGCGGAAGAAGUCAGUGGUGAGGAAUACGUGGUGUUCGGAGUGGUCCUUUUUCUCUGGGAGCUUGUGCCGACUAGCUUUGUGGUGCUGUUCUUCCGGGCUCAGAGGCGAACGCAGAACUUGACACCAGCUGGCAUGAUAAACAGUCAUAGUUACAACUCCAGAGCGUACUUCUUUGACAAUCCAAGGCGGUACGACAGUGAUGACGACUUGCCAAGACUCAGUGCCAGAGAGGGAGGAAGUGUGGCUCCCGCUCAGUGCUCCAGCUGGUAUGGCACGCUGACUGGGAGCGAUAGCUGUACGGUAAUUCCUUACCUGAGCGGACCCAAGCCUGACACCGCCCCGCUGAUCUUCACGUGCAGUGACCUGGAAGCAAAUCACCACCACAGCUUGUACUCCACCCCGCAGAACUGA